AUGGAUUCAGAUGGUAGUUCACAUAAAAUCAAAGAUGCCAAGGUACGUCAGCUAUGUGGAAAUUGUCAGCGCAAGAUUAACAUUGCGUGGAACUGUACAAACUGCAGGAAAAUUCUGUGCUACAACUGUAAGUUUUUACACGCGAAAAACGAGUCAACACGGACCCAUAAAGUUGUGGAAGCGCAAAAUCUAAAAAAUGGCGACGAGGAUUCAACAUCAAAUAAGUCUCAAGACUGUUCCAGCCCUACCGAUCGGCCUCAGUCAGCCACAAAGUCCGUAACAGAUCUAAGGAUACGAGAAACCUGCAAAGACCACGAUGGCCCGCUUCUACAUCAUUGUAAUACCUGCACAAAGCCCCUUUGCGACGAGUGUGUUCGAAACGAACAUAAAACGCACGACUUGAUCAAGAUACAGCAAUUUAUAAAAACCGAGAAACAUAAGUUACUACAAGAAGCGUCGGAUGUCAAGAAAACUCAUCUUGUUGAAUUGAAUGCAAUGCUUGAAAACUGUGCCGCGAAAAGGAAAGAAUCAGAAAAUGGAUUGAACAAAGCGUACGAUGAACUGAAUGAACACAUUGAAAAACUUAUUGCAGAGGUAAGGAGUGUGGCAGAUGAAGUUACCGAUGAUUUUAAAACCGUCCACGUUGGAAACGAGUCCGAAAUUAGCAAAACCGAAACCGAAAUUAAGGAAGCAAUUGGCGUUGUCAAUGAGGCGAUAUCAAUAUGCGAGAACAGUUUGGAUGCAUCUAUUUAUAAUGUGUAUCAAGCUAAAGAGAAAAUGUCACACCUCAAUGAAGGAAUGGUAUUUCCGAAAGAACCUACAGUUCAUCCAGUUGAUUUAGAAAAGGGUCAAAUCAAUAGGUCUCUUUUAAGUAAAAUGAUAUGCACGAGUAUAGUGAAAGAAGAAGAGGAGGAGGAGGAAGAAGAAGAGGAGGAAGUAAUAGAGGAACCCGUCAGACCCGAAAGCAGCAAACCAAAGAUUCCAAAGGAGGAGUUUGAUAGGUUUAUCCUGUGUAAGGUCGGCAUUAGCUGUUUGUCUGUUGGUGUGGAUCACUCCAUAACAGUGCGAGAUACGCAGACUGCAAGAGGUAUUCAGAAGGUGUUUAUCAGACACGGAACGAAAGUGGACAUCAAGGAACCGUUAGAGUUCGAUAAGUUGGUCACAGAUGUUUGUUGCUAUGACCUCAAAAUCACUUUGGUUACUUUUGUAGGCACAAGUGCCAUAAAGGUCGUCAAUCAAGUAAAUGGCAAAAUCGCGUCUUUUACGGAUUUAGCUCCCCUGUUUCCGGUCAGUUUGUGGAAGACAGCAGACGGAUCGAUUCUUGUGUCCGUUGUAGAAAGCGAGGAGCUAGAGACCAAUGAGGGCAGUACUCGCGCAGUUUACAUUUUAUCCCCCAAAGGACGAAUCCUGAAAAAGAUCGAGUAUUUCCAAGGAAAGCGAACACUGAACAGACCACACCGGGCCGUGGAGAACAGCAGGGGAGAGAUAGUAGUGGCGGACUUCAUAGACCUGGACGACAGGGUGAUCUGGAUGAAGAAAGAUGGAGAGGAGAUCUGUUCCUACAAGGGACACGUUUCUCCCAAGUACCCACGACUGAUGGCAGCCCAGGGUCUCGCCUGUGACGGACAUAACAACGUCUAUAUUUCAGAUGCUAGAAACAAUGUGAUUCAUGUAGUGGAUGGCUCGGGGAAAUUUGUUCGCUUCAUCGAGAACGACAUGGACCGGUUUUUCUCCCCUUGGGCUCUCUAUAUGGACAGGGACACACUGUGGAUUGGUACGACCAAUGGACGUCUGUAUCGUACCGUCAUUCAGGGCAUUGACAUUAAAUGA